AUGUUUCGUUCAUCCUUUCCUGCACUUAGAGACCCCCCUCCAGCACCCCCUUCCUCCUCCGCCCCUCCCUCCCCCCUCCUCUCUCUCCCCCCCGACCUCCUCCUCCUCUCCCUCUCCCGCCUCUCCCCCACCGACCUCCGCUCUGCUGCUGCCACGUGUACACGCCUGCGCCAGCUGGCACUGCCAGCUGUGCCCAGCCUGCCGCACCUCUCCCUGUUCCCGCAUCAGCGGUCGGCUCUACAGUGGAUGAUGGGGAGAGAGAGGGGGGUCGUGGGGAGGGAGAAGGAGGGAGAAAGGGGGAGAGGGGUUUCGCAGGGUUUUGUUCGGAGCCCGUUAGUGAGUGUGUUGAGGAUGAGUGAGGAGGGGAGUGAGUGUGGUGGUAGUGGAGUGAGGAGUGUGAAGGGGAAUGGCAAGAGGAAUGGAGGGAGUGAGGGGAGGGUGAUGCUGUGUGAUGUGAUUACAGGGGGGGGGAGUGGCAACAGGUGUGAUGCGGUGCAGGUGGGUGGGAGUGAGAUGACAGAAGAGCUAUUAAUUGGGGGCAGUGUGGUGAAAGCGAAGAGUUGUGGGGCGGAUUCAAGAGGUGGGGCAGAGUUGAGAGGUGGGGCAGAGGCGGGGGAGAAAACUGAUGGGGGUGGGGCGAAGGCCAGACAACAGGAGAAGGGUGAGGGAGGGGAGAGGAGUGAGGGAGGAGAGAAGAGCGGGGGAAAGGAAAAACCAGAGGGAGAGGCAACAGGCAAGGAAAUGACAAAGAAUGAUGGAGAGGAAAAUAGUGAAGACGAGUUAAAGAGUGAGGGAGAGUUGAAGAUUGAGGGGAAGGAGGAGAGCAGGGGAGUGAAGGGUGGAGGGAAGAGCGGAGGGAAGGGUUCGAGGAGACCCAGAUCGGGUGCUGGCAGGAGGGGCAGUGCAGCAAACAAUGAAUCGAAUGGAGCAACACAAGAGGCAGGAACGGAGGCAGGAAUGGAGGCAGAGAUAGAGGCAGCAAAGAGUGCAAUGGUCCGAUGGGGAACGACAAUGAAUCCAAUCCCAAUGGUGCUUGCCUUGCAAGCGCCCAAUGUCAAGACUCAGAUGGACGAGGGAGCUGGGCUGGCAGGGAGAGCGGUCCAGAGCGGUUCUAGACAGCGUGCGCAAGAGAAGAAUGUUUUAGGACCUAUGGCAUGCGUGGGGUCAGCUAGGGAAGGUUCUGGUGGGAAAGGUUCAGACAGAGUAGGGUCAGACGGUCAGGAGGAGGGUAAAGAGAAGGAUUGGGUGGAAGGUAAACAAGAAGGUAAAAUUGAAGACAGGGCGAGGUAUCAGGACAAGGGGAGGCGAUGGGAAGAAGAGGAGGAAGAGGCAGAGGAGGAGGAGGAAGAAGAGGAAGAGGAAGGGAGUAGUGAGAGGAAGGAUGAUGAUUGGGUGCCUUCUGCAGGGAGUGACAGGCGAGUGAGCUCUUGUGUUCCUGCCAAGGACUCAGCUCAGGUUUCCUGUUCCCCUCGUUCCUCUGCGCGGGUCACUCCCUCGUCUGCUCAUUCCCGUUCUUCCCAAGGGUGUGUACGUAUUCUUUACCCUCCCCCUAGAACUUCACAGCAGAGGCAGCAGCAGCAGCAGGGGUGGCAGAAGGGGGGUGAGGAAAAGGAUGAGAUUGUUUUGUCCGAUAUGGGUGGCCGCUUGUGUGUUUCUGAUGGCGCUGCUGAUGUUGCUGAUGGUGCUGGCAAGUGUACCACUAGACGCUGCCUGCUCACCUGCUUUGGAGCAUGCAAAUACAAGAGCCUAGGGGAACUAGUGAGUAGCAAGGAGGUGGUGAGUGGCAAUCACAGGAGCAGGGCGAGGGGGACCACUGCAGAAGCUGUGAGUGAUGAUCGCAGAAGGGGCAGCAGGAGGAUAGAUGUGAAGGGAAAGGAUUUGGAGUGCGUUGAGGGAGCGGGGAGUGCAGGCGUGGUUGCAACAGGAACGGUCCAUGCAGGGAGUUUGGCGCAUGUUUCAAGUGACGCAGAUAGAGUGGCUGAAACGGUGAUGGGGCGCGGGACUCCCAAACGCAGACGCACAGCAGUUUGUGUUCGUGGGCAGAGAGAGGUGAGGGUGGUGGCUAAGAAAGGGGACGAGGAUGUUUCUAAGGUUGUGGCUGAUGGGGAGAAAGGGCCAGAGGAUAAUUGUAGGGAAGUCGAUAGGGGGGAGGAGAUGGAGAAUGAGGUUGGGGAAAUGGUCAAGGGGGAAGCGAUCAAGGGGGAAAACGGGAGGACAGAAUCAGAGAAGGGAGUGGGGCAGAUUGUGCAGGAGAUAGAGAAGAAUGUGGGAGUGGUAACAAGGAGCCGCGAGUUAGGGGUAUGGGGAAAGUGGGGGAAGGAGGAGGAAGGGGAGGUAAUGGUUGAGCAGGAGGGAGGGCAAAGGGCGGAGACGGAUGGGCAACACACAGGCAGGGAGCACGUGACUGUAAAGGAUGAACGAGAAGCAGACAGGCAGGACGUGACUGUAAAGGGCGAACAAGAAGCAGACAGGCAGCAUGUGUCUGUAAAGGGCGAACAAGAAGCAGACAGGCAGCAUGUGACUGUAAAGGGCGAACAAGAAGCAGACAGGCAGCAUGUGACUGUAAAGGGCGAACAAGAAGCAGACAGGCAGCAUGUGACUGUAAAUCUGGCUGAGACGAGCCACGAGGGGCAGCGUGAGAGAGACGGCAAGUGUGUGGAUAAAGCUAUUGAGUCGACUCAAAGGACGGGCUGUGAAGGGCAGCGUGAGAGAGACGGCAAGUGUGUGGAUAAAGCUAUUGAGUCGACUCAAAGGACGGGCUGUGAAGGGCAGCGUGAGAGAGACGGCAAGUGUGUGGAUAAAGCUAUUGAGUCGACUCAAAGGACGGGCUGUGAAGGGCAGCGUGAGAGAGACGGCAAGUGUGUGGAUAAAGCUAUUGAGUCGACUCAAAGGACGGGCUGUGAAGGGCAGCGUGAGAGAGACGGCAAGUGUGUGGAUAAAGCUAUUGAGUCGACUCAAAGGACGGGCUGUGAAGGGCAGCGUGAGAGAGACGGCAAGUGUGUGGAUACAGCUAUUGAGUCGACUCAAAGGACGGGCUGUGAAGGGCAGCGUGAGAGAGACGGCAAGUGUGUGGAUAAAGCUAUUGAGUCGACUCAAAGGACGGGCUGUGAAGGGCAGCGUGAGAGAGACGGCAAGUGUGUGGAUAAAGCUAUUGAGUCGACUCAAAGGACGGGCUGUGAAGGGCAGCGUGAGAGAGACGGCAAGUGUGUGGAUAAAGCUAUUGAGUCGACUCAAAGGACGGGCUGUGAAGGGCAGCGUGAGAGAGACGGCAAGUGUGUGGAUAAAGCUAUUGAGUCGACUCAAAGGACGGGCUGUGAAGGGCAGCGUGAGAGAGACGGCAAGUGUGUGGAUAAAGCUAUUGAGUCGACUCAAAGGACGGGCUGUGAAGGGCAGCGUGAGAGAGACGGCACUGGUGGGAACUCGUCUCAUGUCUCUGGUGCUGUAACGCCAACGAGAAGGGCAAGUUCUGCUGCUGGUGGUGGCUGUCUUGGCGGUGUGGGUGUGGGCGGUGUGCGAGACAACACCGGGGGAAACUCGUCUCAUGUCUCUGAUGCUGUACCAAUUGCAAGCGCUGCUGCUGGGGAUCCGAUUCUUGAUGUCGAUGGCGCUGUUGCUGCUGGUGAUGUUGACGGAGGAGGAGGAGAAGGAGGAGGAAGAGCAGGCGGAGCAGGAGGAGCUGUGGGAGCGGCAGGAGCAGGCGGCACAGGAGGGAGAGGCAGGCGAGGCAGGCAAAGGGCCAGCCCCUACCAGAGUGCGCGUGGUGCGUCUGGAGGGUCGUGGGUGCUGCCUCCCUCCCUCUCGCCCCACCUCACAUUUGACUUUUCUUCCUUCCGCCACGCUCUCGCGAUUUUUGACGGGCAGAGAGGGCCGGGAGGGCAGAGAGGGCUUUUAGGGAAGGAGGUGCAGGGGGGAGAGAAAAGGCAGAGAAAGCAGAAAGAGCAGGGAGGCGGGGACGGCGGGCGGCGGCCUCAGCGGGCGGCGAGGAAGCGGGUCCGGCUGGGAGUGAAGGAGAGCCGUCGGAUCGCGUCCCCGCUGCUGCGCAUCCAUUGGCUGAGAGUGAUUCUGGACGAGGGGCACACGCUGGGUGCCAGCCUGGCAGCCACGAACAAGCUGCGCAUGGCUGUGGCUCUCAGGGCGGCACGGAGGUGGAUUCUCACAGGCACGCCCACUCCCAGCACCCCGACCAGCCAGGUAGCACAUCUCUUCCCGCUGCUCUCCGUCCUACACGAGCCCAUAUACGGCCGGCAGCAGGGCGUGUGGGAGCGGGCGGUUCAGAAGCCUUUCGAGGCAGGCAGGCCUGAGGGGAGGCAGCGACUGGUGCAGGUGUUGACUCGGUGCAUGUUCCUGGGGCAGAAGAAGGACGUGCUUUCCAUUCCGCCUUGUGCUAGGAAGGUGAAGCUUCUAUCCUUCUCCCCGCAGCACGCUGCCUCGUACAACGAAUUCGUCGAAACCGUUCAGCGAAACUUGCUGCUCGCUGAUUGGAUGGACCCAUCCCACGAGGAGUCCCUCUUAAACCCCCGCAACUUAAAGCAGGCCAAGCAGACACUCAAUAACGUGCGCCUCUCGUGCUGCGUCGCUGGGCACAUGGAAAGUUACGACCUGCCCGGGGAUAUUGACGAGACCAUGCAGCAGCUGGUGCAGGGUGGGCUGGAGCCCGGCUCGGGCAGGUUUGAGGAGAUUCGGGCAGCUUUGAAAGGAGGAUGCUGCUGUGAAAGGUGUGGCGAGUGGGUUCGCCUCCCCAUAGUCACCCCCUGCCCGCACCUGCUGUGCAUCACGUGUGUGGCAACAGACAAGCACGCGUGCGCCAUGCCGGGCUGUGCACGGCCGUACAGGAUGCAGGAGCCCAAGGACAUGAAGCGACCAGAGAAUGCGAAUCCUAAAUGGAGUGUGCCGCAGGACUUGAUCGAGCUACAGCCAUCAUAUGAACAGAGGGAGUGGCAUCUGGAGUGGCAGGCCACAGCCAGCACCAAAGUGGACUAUCUUCUCUCCCAGCUGCGCCUGCUCGCUCCCCCUCCCCCUCCUCCCUCCCCCGCAUCAACUCCGUUUUACCCGACAGCAGACCCACCACCAGUGGCACCUCAGUCAGCUGACCCGCAUUUGCCGCCACAUUCAGUACAGUCACCAUUAGCAGCAGCACAGACACGCAUAGUAUCACAUGCGGUCAUGUCCCCGCCACCAGUGCAUGCGUUAGACGAGCCGAUGGCUGGUUGUCCAGGAUCGCUCUUGAGGUCUCCCAAAGGGGAUUGCAAUACAGCAGGGCAGCGCGAGGAGGCAGCAGAUGGCUGUGCCAUGGAGGCAGAUGCUCCUGUGGCUGCUGCUGGGGGCUAUGGUGGGGAGAGGGGGGGAAAUGGCGGGGAGAGGGGGGGAAACUGCGGGGAGAAAGGCGCGAAUGGUGGGGGAAAGGGAGGUUACGGAGGAGAGAGGUGGGGUUAUGGUGGGGGAAAGGGAGGGUACGGAGGCGAGAAGGCGAUAGUGUUCACGCAGUUUCUGGAGCACAUAGCGCUGCUGGAGGCCCAGCUCACACUCGCGGGUGUCAACUUCGCUGGGCUCUACAGCCCCCGACCCCAAUCCGUCAAGAUGCAGGAGCUGCUGCGCUUCCAGCACGACCCUGCGUGCCGUGUGCUUCUAAUGGACGGCACGGGGUCACUCGGGCUCGACCUCUCCUUUGUGUCACGCGUCUUCCUCAUGGAGCCUGUGUGGGACCCCAGUGUGGAGGAGCAGAUGGUAUCAAGGGCGCAUCGCAUGGGCGCCUCUCGGCCAAUCACGGUGGAGACAUUGGCCAUGGCAGGCACGCUGGAAGAGCAUAUGCUGCAGAUACUGCAGCGCCUGCCUGACAGCGGGGUGCAGGCGAAGCAGAGGCAGGCAAGGGAAGCAGUGGCGCGCAACGCGAUUCUGCUCGCACUGAAGCUUGUCCGCACUGCUGACUCUUCUCUGCCACUCUCGCCCUCCAACACCACCUCCCCUGCUAAACCACUCUCCUCCCCCCACCCCAUCUCGCCCGCCAAGCUCCUCUCCUCGUCUCUCUCUCUCCAACUCUCACCUUUCAACACCACCUCCCCUCCCAACCCGCUCUCCUCCUUCCAAGCCUUCUCCCCUGCCAAACCCCUCUCCUCCGCCCACCCCCUCGGUUCCCCUACCCCCCUGUCAUCCUGCCAGUUCCUCACUCGCUCCAACCUCUCACCCUCCCCCUCCCUCUCCCUGUCGGCAACUUCCCUGCAGCCUCCUGCCUCUCCUAGCCCUCUCAAUGCAUCCCUCUCCCCAACUGGCCAAUCAGCAGUGAAUGGGUGCUGCUUGGAUGCUGGUCAGCACAAGUCAAUGUUUGGGCCAGGCACAUUUGAGGGAGGUACAGCUGCUGAAGGCGCAUUUGAAACAGGUGGGGGAGGCACAGCUGGUGCCACCAGUGAGGCUGCAGGCACCAGCAUGGUUCCCCUGCUUGGCGCUGCCACAGCAGGCGGUGCAGCAAGGGCAUCGGAGGCAGGGGCAGGGGGUGUGGUAGGGGCGGUUGCUGCUCACACUUCACAUGCUUCUGCUGCUUGUGGCAGAGGGGAAAGGGAGAGUGGUGCAUUUGCAGGGCAGGCAGGAUGGGGAUCCAGUGCACGGGAGCAUGGAGGCACACGGGAGGAUGGAGGCACACGGGAGGAUGGAGGCACACGAGAGGAUGGAGGCACACGAGAGGAAGGGCAUGCAAAGGAAGGGGGGCAUCUAGAGAAGGAGCGGCAUUCAGAGGGUGGAAAGGAAAGGGAUGGUUGUCAAACAAAAGAAAGGGGAGGCAUUGCUGCCACGGAGCUCAGGGAGGGUAGCAUUGAGGCACCAGCAGUGGAAGGAGCAGAAGGCAAGGGGAAUCGGAGACGGCGGGUGGUGCGGUUUGCAGAUGAAGGCAUGCAGCCGGAGCUUCUGGCUAGGGUGCUCAGACCAGCAGCUGAAUGA